GAGUUUCUGAGGACAGUCGAAAGUAUUUCGAAGGCAGCUGAGCAGGUCCGCGAGAACCAACGCCUUGCAAUGCCGACCGUCAGCGUCGGGCGAGAUCUCUUGUUCGCGGCGUUGGAGCAGUCUUUCACUGAUGAGGAAUUUGAUGAACUUUGCUUCGACUUUGGUAUCGAACUUGAUGAAGUGACGACAGAGGGUAAAAUCAUCAGGAAGGAGAAGCACCUGGAGGAAGAUGCAGCCACUGAAGGCGAUGAAGAGUGGAUCUAUAAAAUUGAGGUCCCUGCCAACAGAUAUGAUCUUCUGUGCCUGGAAGGGCUUGCACGAGGGUUACGCGUCUUUACUGGCAAGGAGGAGGUCCCGACUUACAGUCUUGCAGACAUGUCAAGCCGGGCAAUGCUCAAAAUGACUGUGAAGCCCGAGACUUCCUUGAUUAGGCCAUUUGUGGUAUGCGCUGUACUAAGAGGCAUUACCUUCACUCAAGCGCGGUAUAACAGCUUCAUCGAUCUACAAGACAAGCUGCAUCAAAACUUGUGCAGGAAGAGAACGUUGGUUGCUAUUGGUACUCAUGACCUCGAUACGCUAGAAGGACCCUUCACCUAUGAGGCGCUCCCUCCAUCAGAAAUAAAGUUUGUUCCUUUGAAGCAGACCAAAGAAUUCAGUGCCCAAGAGCUGAUGGAGUUUUACAAGUCUGAUAUGAAGCUGAAGAAAUUUUUACACAUAAUCGAGAGCUCGCCGGUUUACCCUGUCAUCUACGACAGCAAGAGGAGAGUGCUUUCGUUACCCCCAAUCAUUAAUGGCGCUCAUUCUGCCAUUACACUGAAGACUAAGAACGUGUUCAUUGAGUGCACUGCCACCGACCUCACGAAGGCCAAAAUCGUGCUGAACACCAUGGUUACAAUGUUUUCACAAUAUUGCGACCAAAAGUUCGAGGUGGAGCCCGUGGAAGUGAUCACAGAUGGCAAGUCAAACGUUUACCCUGAUCUAUCCUGUCGAACGUUUGAAGUGGAUGUCUCUUAUAUAAAUGAAACCAUCGGGGUCCAGCUGAAACCCAUGGAGAUUGUUGGCUACUUGUAUAAGAUGCAGCUACCAGCGAAGGUUAUAAAAUCUGGUGACACGACCAAGAUCAGGGUGACAGCUCCUCCUACAAGAAGUGAUGUGCUUCAUCCCUGUGAUGUGAUGGAAGAUGUUGCAAUUGCAUUUGGCUUCAAUAGGAUUGAGAAGACAGUACCAAAGUCGCACACACAGGGGAAAGAACAGACGUUGAAUCAUUUCUCAGACCUGCUGAGAGAACAGAUAGCCUUGGCGGGUUUCACGGAAGUUUUGACAUGGAUUUUGGGUUCCAAUAUGGAAAAUUUUACCAUGGUGAAUCGAGAAGAUGACAAGAAGAAAUCUGUUCAAAUUGGCAAUCCACGCACUUCUGAUUUCGAGGUUGUACGUACAAGCCUCCUUCCGGGAAUGUUGAAGACUCUGGCACACAACAAGAAAACCCCACGUCCUGUAAAGCUUUUCGAGGUUUCUGAUGUCGUCCUUCUAGAUAGCUCAAAGGAUGUCGGUGCUGGCAACCGCCGGCGUCUUGCUGCUCUGUAUUGUGACCAAACAUCUGGUUUCGAGGUUAUUCAUGGUUUAGUCGACAGGGUCAUGGAAAUUGUAGGUAUCUCAAGGUGUCCUGUGGGGCAGACAACGGGUUACUACAUUAAACCCUCUCAAGAACCGGAAUACUUCACAGGAAGGCAAGCUAAUAUAUUUUACCAAGGAUUCUCGAUUGGAACUUUUGGAAUCGUUCAUCCCGAGGUUUUACAACGCUUUGAUAUCCCAGAUCCAUGUUCCGCCAUGGAGCUAGAAAUUGAGCCAUUUUUGUAAAUUUAGUUUACCCAAUUUUAUUAUAUAAAACGAAACGAUCUGAGACUGAGUUUUUGAGCCCUAAAUGUCACAACGGAAUUCUGUGGAGAACCAAAUGAGUUCUCUUUUCACAUCGAUUUUUCGCCAGUUAUAUGAUGACCUGGUUGCAUCUCAUAGCUUUCAGAGGUACGUUCUUUAGGGGAAGCUAGAGUGCCAUGAAAUUUAAUUCGCAGAAAAGCUUGCUUUUGCACGACAAGUUCCAGCCUUGAACGCUGUCCCGUCAAUCCUUUUGUAAGUUGGUGGCUUCGAACCAAUCAGCGGUUAGAAGGAUGUGAAUUCAUCAGACCAAUGUGAUUACUAGUUUUGGAAGGGUGUACCUGUCAACUCAUGUAUUUGCCUAUCCACACCCAUUUCUCCGAUGGGACGGAGAAAAUAUAUUUUGUAAAGCUCAAGUUUGUUUCACAAUUAAUUUUGAAGAGAAGGAAUUUCCAC